AUGGAUGCUCUGGAGAAAGACUGUCACUGCCUGGGACCAACCAGUGGAACAGAAAAUAAGUCCGACCUGUCCCAACUGAAACAGUUUCUGUGUAAGCCACUUGACAACAGAAUAAAAGAGCAGUCCAGCUGUAGACUGUGUCCUCAGAACUGGAACCUUCAUGAGAACAAAUGCUACUGGAUCUCCAAAGAAAGGCAAACAUGGAAUAAGAGUAAGGAAGACUGCAAAGCAAAACACUCUCAACUGCUGGUGAUACAGAAUAAAGAAGAAGUGGUAAACCAGUUGCGUUGCUUACAGGCCUUUAUACGAAGUAUUAUGGAAGGGGAACAGCUGCUGUGGAUUGGACUAAAGGCUACAUUUCCUGAAAGAAGAUGGACCUGGUUAGACGGCUCUCCCUUGGAUGAUAAAUUAUUUCGGGAACUAGGUCCAGUUGAAGUAAACUUCUGUGGGAGACUGAAUGGGAACCAAAUAAUUUCUGAAGAAUGCAAUACAAUAGCCAUGUGGGUCUGUGAGACAGAAGCUCGCUUAAUAUAA